CAAACAAAGUGUUAUCGAUACCUCCCUAAUUAAAAUACAAAAAUUGGCAACCCCGGAAGUGGCAACAAUGUAAAAGAAAAGAUUAUUAAGAAGAGAGUCGCUCACCGGCUUCGAAAGACGUCGUCACGGGAUGGUCACGGUCACAAAAAGAAUAAGGUGGAAUUUUCGAGGCGAGCAGGUGUCCAAUACAAGCGUAAUGGUUUUAUUUUCUAGGUAAGAUCCUUUUUAUUCCCUAUAAAAUUCAAACAAGUAGAUUAUCGAUCUCGAUCGGUAGAGCUAGCCGGUAAUAGGUAUUAAUCAAUAAUAUUAAUAAAAAAUCGAGAACGAUAACAGGUUUGUUCUCACAGCUGUAAGAAACAUAUUUCCAACAGAUAAUCAUGCGCAAUAGGGUAAGACGCGUUCGCACAGAAAUUUUUGAUUGGUUUCCAACCAACAGUAAGCUGUUCACACAGAAAAUUCUGAUUGUUGGCUGACAGUCAGACCAGUUCGCGGAUCUUUUGCAAGUAAAGUGUCCGGCGCAUGCGUAUUGCAACUCGACGUCAUUGCUUCAUUGCUUGGUAAACUUAACCUACAAAACGUGUGUUGUUUUUGUUUAGUGUUUUUUUUCUUCAAAAAAUAAAGAACAGAAAUGAGCGAUUUUGAAUCUUCCGAAGAAUCUGAGGCGUCCGAAUUUUCGGAUACAGACACAGACCUAGAAGAGCUGAUAGACCUGAUGGAGGAACGGGUCAGGCCCAAGAAUCAAAAUUACUUGGAUGAAACGGUGCCCCAGUUCAACAGAACUGAAUUCCUGGAACAUUUUAGAGUUAGCCGUGAAGUAGCAAACGAUAUUUCUCAAAGAUUUGCAAAUAGUGAAUACUAUAAGGAACAGUCAGGACCAUAUGGAAAAUUAACCUCAUUACAGUACACUUAUAUAUUUUUAUGGUAUGCAGGGCAUCAAACCGCUAGCUUCCGUGAUGUAGCUGACAGAUUUAAUGUGACUAUCAGUGUUCUACAUAAAAUUAUCAAAAGAAUGAUAUAUUUCUUAAGUAACCUUUCACCUGAGGUUAUAAAAUGGCCAAAUGAUGUGGAGAAGCAGGAAAUAGAACAGUAUUUUCGCCAUAAAAAUACGUUUCCCGGAAUUAUUGGGCUAAUUGACGGAACCCACAUUAAAAUAGAUAAACCCCAGGAUGAUCCUGACUCCUAUAUUAAUCGAAAGGGCUUUUACUCUGUUCAGGUGCAACUGGUAUGUGACCAUAAUCUUCGCAUUACUGACAUAUUCACAGGGUAUCCAGGAUCCGUACAUGAUGCCCGAGUGUUCAGAACAUCUCCAUUAAGUGAGACAUUGGAAGAAAAAUGUGGAGAAUUUCACUUGCUAGGAGACAGUGCUUAUCCAUUAUUAAAAAAUGUGUUAACACCCUUUCCAGAUAGAGGCCUGUUAAAUAGACAACAAAUUAAUUACAAUAUACAACAUUCCAGCAACAGAGUAAAGAUUGAGCACUGUAAUGGGGUAUUAAAGCAAAAAUGGCGUCAGCUGUAUCAUUUGAAAUUAAGGGAUAUUAGGCUCAUCGUUAACUUCAUUAGAGCAUGUUGUGUUCUUCACAAUUUAGGGUUGCAAGAUGGUGUUGCACUAGAUUUAGAAGAAAAUGUAGAACCAGUUGAACCUGCUCCACGUCUAGACCCCGAUAAUAUAGAACAGGGCAUUCAGGAAGAUUUAAAUGCUGUAGCAAAACGAAAUCACAUUGUAAACAUCCUUGGACAAUAAAUGCAUAAUAAUUUUUUGGGACUUGCCCAAUACCAAGGGACAUUGUUUAAAGUCUGCCAAAUUAUCUGUCACUUCUUGUGUAAGCCAUACAAAUUGUACGCUACAUAUUAGAUUUUUUUAGUGUUUACUUAAAUAAAACUAAAAUUUCGCAUUUUUUUUUGUUUUAGAAGUUAUAUAAAAUGACAGGCUUUUCAAGAGCCGUUUAUAACUAUUGAAAUGUGCAAAUGUGGUUUUUGAAAUAAUUUUUAACAAAAUAAUUGUGCUAUCAAGAUGCUAUCUUCAGUUACAAAAUCACAAGAAUCACAUUUAUAAAUGAAUUUCUUGCUUCCUUAAACAUUAAAUCUGCUUUUAUUGCACAUGAAAGUUGUGUGUAAGCAUUCCUUCAUCCAAAAACAUUCAUUGCUUUCAGGGGAAGUGAAAUUCAUAUAAAAAUGUCCCCUUACUGUGAUGUUCUAACAAAUUUAGCAUAGAAAAUAUAGCUUCUUUUACAUAUAUUUUAAACACCACACAUUUGCUCUGAUUCUGGUAUUUUUUAAGCUAAAAAUAGCCUUGCUUUUUCUGUGACACUGUAUAGUUUUGAAAUGUGCAUUAACAAUUUUUAUAAAAAAUCAAUAAUAUGUGAAUACAUUUUUUAUAUUUUAUUUUAACAACAAAAUAUACAUUAUACCCUGCAGCAACA